AUGGCGACUAAUCUUGGUGCAACAAAGUCCACGACGACGUCGACUCAGGAUAAACGACACCUCUCCAUCUUCGAUGUUCCGUCAAACUUCUUCGACGCUGCUCGCCUUAUCCCUCCCCCUCACUCUUCCGUUUCCGAUCACCACAGUGUAGGCCAAUCCCAAACCCUUGAACCCUCCUCAAAUGACGUCGUAACUGUCGAUGAUUCUCACAACGCUGAUUCCGCACCUAGGUUGACCUGCAAUACCUGCAGGACUCUAUUCGAUUCCCUCCAAGACCAGCGUGCUCAUUUCAAAUCCGACAUUCAUCGCUUCAACGUGAAGCUGACAAUUGCGGGAAAAAAUAUUGUGAAGGAAGAAGAUUUUGAGGUGCUGACAUCUGAAUUUGUCAAAGACUAUGAUGUGUCAAGUAUAUCGGGAUCAGAAAGUGAUGAUAGUGAAACUGAGUCUCAGAGUCAAAUUGUGCUGCAUGACAAGUCGAGUGAUAAACAGAAACUAUUCUUCCGUCUUCAGACAGGGCAGAGAGUUUCUGUCUGGAAGUGCUUGAUUAUGAAUGUGACUGAAAAUGUAUUGUAUGAUAAUGAAAAUGCAAAGAAUGAAGCUGUUCAGAAGUUGAAAUCUCUGACUGCUGAGCCCAGAGACAAUACCCAUUUGAGGAUAGUUCUACUUGCAUCUGGUGGACAUUUUGCAGGUUGUGUCUUUGAUGGUGAUGCUGUUGUGGCUCACAAGACAUUUCACAGAUAUGUUGUAAGGGCCAAGGCAGGGAAAAAACAAUCAUCUAAAGAUGCGUCUGGCAGGGCUGUACAUUCUGCCGGGGCUUCACUUCGUCGAUAUAAUGAACUUGCAUUAAAGAAGGAAGUGCAUGAACUGCUUACUGCUUGGAAACCUUAUUUUGAUGCUUCCAAUUGCAUAUUUAUACAUGCACCUUCAAGUAGUCGUCAACUGCUUUAUGAUGGAGAAAGAUCAUAUUUCGGCAAUUCGCAGUGUGAUAUUAGAAACAUUGCUUUGAGUGUUCGGAGGCCUACUUUCAGGGAAGCAAAGCGUGUAUAUAGCCAGUUGACUCACGUAACCUAUGAAGCUGAUGAGAAGGAAAUUUUACAAAGCAACCAAGAGGAUUUGGUAUCAGUUAACAUUUCUAAAAUAAACGGCAGUCCAACCUCCAGCAAAGGGAACAGGGCUGAGUUGGAUGACAAAGAUAAAUCUGAAGCUUGUUCAGGUAAACAAAAUGAUGAACUCUCCAUUUCAAGUAAUGGAGAAAGUGAGAAUGAGUUAUCUGGUAAAUCAACUCCUUUACAUGAAGCAGCCCAAUCGGGUGACUUUGUAAAGGUUUUGGAGCUCCUGGAACAGGGCCUAGAUCCUUGCUCCAAAGAUGAAAGGGGGCGGACCCCAUAUAUGUUGGCACAUGACAAAGAAGUGAGGAAUACUUUCAGAAGGUUUAUGGCAUCAAAUCUUGACAAAUGGGAUUGGCAUGCUGCAAAAGUGCCCAGUGCAUUGACCAAAGAAAUGGAAGAAUCACAAGCUGCCAAGCAGGCGGAAAAAGAUGCUAAGAGGAAAGCAAGAGCAAAAGAAUUAAAGAAAUUGCGUAAAGCAAAAGAAAAGAAGGCUCAGGUUGAAGCCAGCUUGCCUAAAAAUGAUUCCAAAACUAUAGAGAAGCAAGUAACUUCUUCAACAUCGAUUAAGGGACAAUCUCAACUAAAAAGUGGCGUGCAAGUAUCCAAAGAGGACCAAAUAAGAAUGGCACAGGCUGCUGAAAGAGAAAAGCGAGCAGCUGCUGCUGAAAGGAGAAUAGCUGCCCUCAAAAUUCAAGCUAACAGUGCAACCACUGCACCUAGCAUGUCAGAGCCUAAAAUUGGAUUGGCCGGUGACAUUUACUGUUCCUGCUGUAAUUCAUCACUUGCUGGUAAAGUUCCCUUCCACCGGUAUAAUUACAAAUACUGCAGCACAUCAUGCAUGCAUGUACACAAGGAGAUCCUAGAUGAUCAAUGA